GCCUUCACUAUGAUUUUCAAUGGUGUAGCAUUGACUACAUUGGCUUCUAUUGUCAUUACUGGGGUUUCUUCCGAAAUAAUUGGGGUACACCCUUCUCGUCAACACCUUUAUGAACCAACCAUAGUGAAUGGGGAACAAGUUUGGAAAUGUCUUGGGGACCCUUCAAUAGUGUUGGACUACAGCCAGAUUAAUGACGAUUUUUGUGACUGUCCCGAUGGGUCAGACGAACCGGGCACCAAUGCAUGUCCGUACUCAGCCGAUAGAGAACCGUUUUAUUGCGAAAACAAAGGACACAUUUCUGGAUACAUUGACCAUUUCAAAUUAAAUGAUGGUGUUUGUGACUAUGAGUAUUGUUGUGAUGGAUCAGAUGAAUAUGCCAAUGAAUCAUUGUGUCCAAAUAAAUGUAAAGAAAUUCAUGAUCAAUUUGAAAAAUACAAACAGAAUUCAAAAGAUGAAAUUCAAAAGUCUUUGGACGUCAAGAAACAAUUAGUGCAAGAGUCUACCGAUGUUAGAGAAAAUCUUGAGAAAUCAGCUUUAAUUCUUAAGAAUGUAUUGGCAGAGGAUGAAAAAACUUUGUCAGAACUCAAAUCAAGACUUGAAAAUCUAGUCGUUGAUUCGCCAGAAACAGAGGUAGAUGAAGAACAGGGCCAUAUCAAUUUCGAUCCACAAUUUGCAAAGAUAUCAUUAUAUAUUCAAUCACAGAAGCAAAUUAUAGAUAAGCAAAAGGAAAAGGCACAAAAGUUGGCAGCUAUGUUGGAAAAUUUAGUAAACAAUUAUAACCCAAAUUUCAAUGAUGCUGCAGUAAAGGAAGCUGUGCGUAACUAUCAAAACUUUGCUUCUAAUGACGAUGGUACUGAAGAUCAACUUGAAUCUCAAAUACAUGAAGAUGCCGACUCUGUAUUGAAUGAAUUGAGAGAACAAGUUCAAAUUCAACCACCAGUGGCCAGCACCAGUCCAACACAAGCACCACUUAUCGUUGUCCCAUCAUUCCAAAAUAUGGUUCAUUACUAUUAUGAUAGAGUGAUAAAUAAUUUCUUGAAUGCCCCAAAGCCACCAAGUGAUAAACAAGAAUCCCCAUCUAAAGAAAAGAAUCUGAAACCAACUAAAAGGGUCAAUUCUGAAGAAGCUUCGAUUCUUUCAGCCGAUAUCAGUGGUAUUGAAUUGGAAAUAAAUGCCAAGAAAGCAGAGCUUUCUAUUGUUGAAGAGGAUCUUCAAACGAAUUACGGGGAACAAGACAUCCUCCGUUCUGUGAGAGGUAAAUGGGUAGCAAAUAAAUUGGGUGAAUACCGUUACAAUUUGGGCUUUUUCGAAGCCAUAUACCAAGAGGGACACGGGAACAACGUCCUUAUUGGUAAAUUCUCUUCAAUUGAUGCCAACAAUCGUUUGGUUUAUCAAAGGGGUGAAAAAUGUUGGAAUGGACCCCAUAGAUCGGCCGUAGUUGAACUUUUAUGUGGUCCAACUACCAAACUUUUAUCAGUUAGUGAACCUGAAAAAUGUGAAUAUUACUUCCAACUCAUGACUCCUAUUGUGUGUCAAGAAACUAGCGAGGACGAAUUGAUCAGUGGAUUCAAAAUAGACUACGAUAAAUUGUAA